AAAUCUAACAAGAAGAAGAAAAAGAACCGGUCGCCUCUGGUAAAUAGACUGCUGGUGGUGGAGUGGGCUAACGUUAGCCUGUGUGUGAGACAGACAGACAGACAGGCAGACAAGCAGACAGACAGACAGACAGACAGGGAGGAAGGAAGUUAGACGCUGUGUUAUUUGUAAUCUAGGCGUUGGGAGAAGCUUUGCGGAAGUGUGUGAAAUUUUCGAGUCAUAUGACCAGGCAGCCGAGCAGCCGGAAAAAAAUGCUACCUAGAUAUGGAUAAAUUCCUCGGACACAGUGACUAACUUCCACAACGAACACGAUGGAAGAGAUUAAAGUGUCUCCUGACUAUAACUGGUUCAGAAGCACAGUGCCGCUGAAGAGAAUUAUUGUUGAUGAUGAUGACAGUAAGGUGUGGUCGCUGUACGAUGCAGGCCCAAAGAGCAUCAGGUGUCCCAUCAUCUUCCUCCCUCCAGUCAGUGGAACAGCUGAGGUGUUCUUCCAGCAAGUGUUGGCCUUGACAGGCUGGGGCUAUAGAGUCAUCUCGCUGCAGUAUCCGGUGUACUGGGAUCUCAUGGAGUUUUGUGAUGGCUUCAGGAAACUUCUUGACCACCUGCAGUUAGAUAAAGUAAAAGGGUUCUGUUAGGUUGUUUACGUCUAGGUAUUUAUUGUUUACGUCAGGAUUUUAAAAACUAUUGUAAGAUUUUGAAGGCUAAGAAGUGAGUAAGUAUGUAAAGUGAUAUAGUUGUCUAUACAGAUAGCUUUACCCUGAAACACCAGUGUUUGCAUCUCACAUGUGACAUUGAGGUUCACAUUUUAGACUUAUCUUUCUUUUUUUUAUUUCAGGUAAAUGGGGUCUGUUAGGUUGUUUACGUCUAGGUAUUUAAAAUAAUUGGUUUGAUUUGGGAAAAGAUUGGAAGAAAUUACAAACUUUCUCUUUAUGGCUGUUGUGUUGUGGAUUAUGUUUUCAAAAGACACUACUGUCAAUGAAAUGUGAAGUAAACAAACCCAUAUUGUACAGAUGUUUAGUAUGAUUGUUUUGCGUUAAGUCAUGUAUUUAUUUAUA